AAUUGUUUGUUUUGUUUGGGGUUGUGUUUGUGAAACUCAUUGAUUGCCGCUUUAUAAACUUAUAGUUUUAGACUGAGUUUUGUUGGUACUUUAAAACAUAUUUCCCGGUUAAUUUAUAAAACUUUGCAUAACAAAAAUAUAAGAUCUAGUGUAUGCUUUUUUGAUAAUUAUAAUUAUAAUUUUAAAAUAAUGGGGGAUUACAUUCAUACAAAUAUCGCCCAAGACAAUGCAGCAAUGGUCCGAUUGGAGUUAGCACAAAAUGAUCAAAUUCCUCUACGACGACCAUUUGAUCCCUUGAUUCAUGAUUUAGAUCCUCAUUUUAAAUUGACACGUUUUGCUGAUCUCAAAGGACGUGGUUGUAAAGUUCCUCAGGAGGUGCUCAAUAAACUUUUAGAAAGUUUUCAACAAGAUGAAAAUGGCCAUGGUGAACAGUCUCAUUUUAUGCACUUGACUAUGACUAAAAUAGGUAUAGGUAUGGAUGCUGCAGUUAUACCUCUUAGACAUGGUGGACUUUCUCUUGUACAAACAACAGAUUACUUCUAUCCUCUUGUUGAUGACCCAUUUAUAAUGGGUAAAAUAGCUUGCUCUAAUGUAUUAAGUGAUUUAUACGCUAUGGGAGUAACUGAAUGUGACAAUAUGUUAAUGCUCUUAUCUGUUUCAACAAAAAUGACUGAAAAAGAACGAGAUGUUGUGAUACCUUUAAUAAUGAAGGGAUUUAAAGAAACAGCUUUAGAGGCUGGUACGACUGUUACAGGAGGCCAAACUGUUGUUAAUCCUUGGUGUACCAUUGGAGGAGUAGCUACCACAGUAUGUCAACCUAAUGAAUUUAUUAUUCCUGACAAUGCUGUAGUUGGUGAUGUUCUUGUACUGACAAAACCUUUAGGAACGCAAGUAGCUGUCAAUGCUCAUCAAUGGGUAGACCAACAAGAUAAAUGGAAUCGAAUCAAACUUAUUGUAUCUGAAGAAGAUGUACGAAAAGCUUACCAGCGUGCCAUGGAUUCAAUGGCUCGUUUAAAUAAAACUGCUGCUAAAUUAAUGCACAAAUAUAAUGCUCAUGGUGCUACAGAUGUCACUGGUUUUGGACUUUUAGGUCAUGCUCAAACUUUGGCAAAACAUCAAAAAAAUGAAGUAUCAUUUGUAAUUCAUAAUCUUCCUGUUAUUGCAAAAAUGGCAUCAGUUGCUAAAGCAUGUGGUAAUAUGUUCCAAUUAUUACAAGGUCAUUCAGCAGAGACAUCUGGAGGUCUAUUAAUAUGCUUACCAAGAGAACAAGCUGCUGCUUAUUGUAAAGAUAUUGAAAAAGUCGAAGGUUACCAAGCAUGGAUAAUAGGUAUAGUGGAAAAAGGUAAUCGUACAGCUCGAAUCAUAGAUAAACCAAGAGUAAUUGAAGUACCUGCAAAAGAGAAAGAAGGAGAACUUUGGUAAAACUAUUCAUUAAAAAUAAUGCCAUAAUUCAAUAAUUUGUAUGGAAUGAGGAUUUUCAUCAAUUUUAAUACAUAGUGUUUUUAUGAUAGUUAUGUCUAAUUUUUAAAAUGUUGAUUUCAUUUUGUUUAGCUUAUCAAGUACUUUUUAUUAUUAUGAACUGGACAUAAGAGUAUAGGUUAUAUAUUUAAGGAUUGUAAA